AUGCACUUCAAACUCCCAGUACCGAACAGAAUUCUGGUAAAUCACGUGAUUCAAAGUGCCCAGGUGAAAUCAGAGAUUGAGUGUGAGACAAACUGUUUCGCUCACGAUGACUGCAUGUCUGUGAACCUCGCACCAUUACAGGAUGGGAACUAUUUGUGUGAGUUGAGCAAUUCAGAUCACGAUAUACAUCCUGAAGACUUCAAACAAAUGAACAGAGCCUUAUUCAAACCGGUGAAGGUAAGCCUUGUUUGGUCACUUCCCAAACUAAAUGUUUGCGUUAAAGCAGGUUUCUUCAUUUUGAUGAACACAAGGCACGGCGGAUUGCUUAAAACGUUCCUCUAGAUUAUUGUGUUGUAGGUCUUAUUUACCGAGAAAAUUGGAGCUAAAUGUUUAGGUGCUACUCCUUAGGCGUUCUUGCUUGCGUGAUGGUUACGUCAGAUCUGAUACGCAUGCGCCUUCAUCUCGUUAAUAGGCUGAUUUAGCAACAGGAUGGGAACGUCAGUUGACGACGGAAAAGCGCUCGGAAAGGACUAAACACGACUUCCGGUGCCCAAUUUGCCACUCUGCCAUUGGUCAAGCCAGUUGUUUGAUUUGCGCGCGCCGUCGUCAACUGACGUUCCCGUACUUUUGCUAAAUCAGCCUAAUGGUACCAGAAUGAAACUUUAUGUCUGAACUAGAAUUUCAGUAGGAUUGAGAAGCGGAAUGAAUUCAUUCCGUAAUGACUUGUACAGGAACGAGCUUUGUCUCGAUACCAUUUAAACAGAUAUUGAGAAGUAUAUGGAAAUGUCAUGAACUCGUUCUAGAAUUAAAGUCUUUUCAGUAACAUGUGAAUAGCCUCUGAUUCAUCAGUGGUUUGUCCAGAUGUUUAAUUUGCCUUCCCAUGAUUCGGACAUGUUUUGAAAAAGUUAUUAUUUUCAAUGGGUACUACCGGUGGGAAGGGUCUCUCCUACUUCAUAGCUGUGACCGGCGCUAGUUAAUCUUUUUUCCUUGAGUCUGGGGAAUGCCCUUCAAGCAGGUUAUUUUUGCUAGGACGACUUUUAGUUUCCUUUCUGUAUUGAUUUCAACACAGAACCUUUGUUCGAGCAAUUCAUGCCCUCAGGGACACCGAUGUCAAACAGGUUUUACUGAUAAAGGGUACCGUUGCGUCACUACAAAUAAAACUUCUGGAGAAACUGGAAACAUCCCUGUGGAUAGCGAUGAUGAAGAUGAUCAUGACAACGAUGAUGAAGGUGAUGAUGACUAUGAUGAUCAUGAUGAUACUGGUGAUAAUGAUGACGAUGAUGGUUAUGAUAACGCUGAUGAUGAA